CCCUGUCUGUCCGAGUUUGAAUAGAAUUCGCACGUAUAAUGUACACGCGCGCGCUACGUACGUGUAAUUGCCGGCUGGCUGGGUGCAUGGUACGCCUCCCUCACGCUGCUGGUGCCUAAACCCAAUUAACAUGCACCUGCAUAAUAAGCCUUCUCAAAUAAAACCGAGUUUGAAUCGAAUUCCAUAACCGAGUCGUAGGUGGAAUGCAGGCUAGCGUACGCGCUCUCCAUCUACAUAUACAUUGGCAUACGCAUACGGCCUUGUGAGAUCAGAAACCAAAACCAAUCUCUCCCUACCUCCGUCUACCUAGCUUUUGCCGAUCCAUCUCCACGAUUUUUCUCGCCGAAACAUGGGAUGGUCCACCUCAACGCCGCCGGGCAUGGGCGUGGCUGCCCUAGACCACGCCGUCACGGCCACACCAGCAGCGCGCAAGAAUCAAGGAGCAGCGGCCACUAGCAACGACUCCAACUCCCCAACAGCCAGCCGCUACCACCGCCUCGAGGUGCUCGGCACCGGGACAUUCGGCGUCGUCUACCGCGUGAGGGACCGGCGCACGGGAGAGAUCGCGGCGAUGAAGUGCCUGCGGACGAACGGCGCUCACGGCCGCGACGUCGACCGCUACCUCUCCGACUUCGCGAGCGAGGUCAGCGCCCUCGAGGCGUGCAGCGGCCACCCAUCCAUCGUGCAGCCGCGCGCCUCCGGCCACCUCCGCGGCGAGGCCUUCCUCGCCAUGGAGUUUGUGGGGCCAACUCUCAGACACGUCAUCAAGCAUGUCCGCUUCGGGAGGAGGCACACCGAGCUGGAGGUUCGCCUGCUCAUGAGGCAGCUUUGCGCCGGCGCACGGAGGAUGAAUCGUCUCGGCCUCAUGCACCGCGACCUCAAGCCGGAGAACGUGCUUGUCGACGGCCGUGGGAACCUCAAGAUCUGCGACCUGGGGUUAUCGUGCAGCAUGGCCGAUGGGCCGCCUUACUCCAACCCCGUCGGGACACGGGGAUACCGCGCGCCGGAGCUUCUCCUCGGAUGCACGGAUUAUGAUGAGCAUGUCGACUCUUGGGCUCUUGGCGUCAUGAUGGCCGAGCUCCUCGCCGGCAAGCACCCUUUUCAUGGGAGGUCAGACACGGAGCACCUCAGCGAGAUCUUGGCCCUUCUUGGCAUGGCUGACAUCAAAGAGUGGUCGGGAUACGACGGGCGCCGUUUGCCCAGGGGAUGCCAACCAGAAAGCUUUCUGCGCAACAAGUUCCCAUGUCCCGCUGAGGCCAGGAUCAAAGGCCCGCCGACAUUGUCGGAGGCUGGUUUCGAGGUCUUGAGCGGUCUUCUACGAUGCAACCCGGAGAAGAGGCUCACGGCAGAGCAGGCGCUCAAGCAUCGGUGGUUCAAGGAAGCCAACCCGAGAGCUACAAGGAGCUGACCGGUGAAACAGCACAAUCUACAACGGCGUCUGAUUCAUGUAAACUAGAAAUGCAAAUAUUAAUUGUAUAUGAAUUGUAUGAAUGAGUCUGUAUGAGGUGUGAGAUAAGCAAGCAGUAGUUUUCCUG